ACACGAUCGCUGAUGCUGCGGUUGCUGUGGAUCCAGCGGCGGGCUCGGACGCGGGGGGGGUCGACGGCGCAGAAGAGUGGAGGCUGGUUCGGGUUUAUAUCCGAUGCUAUGGAAGUGGUCCUAAAGGUGCUAAAGGACGGACUUCAAGCUAUACAUGUGCCUUAUGCUUAUGGGUUUGCAAUCAUUUUGCUGACUGUCAUUGUUAAGGUGGCAACCCUCCCUUUGACGAAAAAGCAGGUUGAGUCGACGUUGGCAAUGCAAAAUUUACAGCCCAAGCUCAAGGCAAUACAAGAAAGAUACAAAGGCAAUCAGGAAAGAAUACAGCUUGAGACUGCACGUUUAUAUAAACAAGCUGGGGUGAAUCCGUUAGCAGGAUGUUUUCCAACUUUGGCUACAAUACCUGUGUGGAUAGGACUGUACCAAGCUCUUUCAAAUGUUGCCAACGAGGGUCUCCUAACAGAAGGAUUUUUUUGGAUUCCAUCACUGGCGGGUCCAACAACAAUUGCUGCUCGACAAACUGGGUCUGGCAUUUCCUGGCUAUUCCCUUUUGUGGAUGGACAUCCACCUUUAGGAUGGUCCGAUACAGCAGCAUACCUUGUUCUACCUGUACUACUUGUUGUUUCACAGUUCGUUUCAAUGGAGAUCAUGAAGCCACCUCAGAGUGAUGAUCCAGCUGCAAAGAACUCUCAACUCAUAUUCAAGUUUCUUCCUCUAAUGAUUGGUUACUUUUCAUUAUCAGUCCCGUCAGGAUUAUCAAUUUACUGGUUUACAAACAACAUUCUCAGUACAGCACAACAAAUAUGGUUAAGGAAAUUAGGUGGUGCAAAGCCUGCUAUUAGUGCAGAUGGAGGUGGAAUCAUUAGUGCUGGUCAAGCAAAACGGUCUAAUUCUCAGCCAGCACGAAGUGGUGAAAGGUUUAAGCAAUUGAAAGCAGAAGAAAAUAAGAUAAAGGUGAACAAAGCCUUGCCAGCAGAGGUUGAGGUUUUGGCUUCUACAGCAGAUUCUGAUGAUAAUUCAGAUGGAGAGUCAAAGGAGGAACUAGAAGAAGCCUAUGCUUCUAGUAACAGCAAGCAGCUUCCACAAUAUACUGGACCGAGAAAAGGCAAGAGAUCAAAGAGGAAGAGAACGGUACAGUGAUGUAGAGAUCUCUAUACCGCACAAACGCAACAUCCUGAGUCGCUCAUGUCUCAUUCAGCUGUAUAUCAAAUCUCUGUAUCAUGGCCAUUUUUACUCCAGGCUAAUUUUUAUUGUAAGCAAUUCAACGAGAUCCUCAAUCAGCUAAUCAAAAUAGUAAAGGCUGAAGAAGUAAAAUCUAUCAUGUAACAUGGUUUAGAUCGGUGAAAUCAUUCCUUGCUUCUUUCUGUGUAUCUUGUUCGAUAUAUAAUUUGUUAGGAUCUGUACGUACUAAGGAAUUCCCUUUCUUAUUAUUAUUAUCGAUGUAUUGAUUGAUUCC